UUUAGUUUAGAAAAGCAUAAAACUGAGUUCUUUUUGCUGUUGACAGACAGUCAUCCUACUUCGUAGUAAUCCUGUGCCUUUCAUAUUUGCAUACUAAUCACGACCCUUACCUUCAGAAUGCUAAAUUUUGAAUUGCUUUGGCUCUGUAAUUUGUUUGAACUGAUCAUUUAAGAAUUUCAGAUAAGCGCAACCAGAUCUUUUGACCCUUCCGCUAAAAGGUGUAACGUGGUAAAUUUGUGGCAACAAGCAGCAUGACAUUCUUGUGCUUUUCUUGAUGAAUCCGGUGUAUUUGAAUGACAUGGAUCACCCUCUCGGCUGAUGUGAACCACAUGUUUUGCUGCUUAUAAAUAUAUUAAAUACAAGUGCGUCCAGAUACUUCUUAAUGAAGGUUGUCUUUUCUUCUCAGGCAUUCCUUUCCUGGUGGUUAGGCGGACUUUGGGGACACAGAUUUGGUGUGAAGUGAACCAUAGGGCCUUCAUUUCUGAUCAUCAAGAUGGCAUGGCUGAUUUACGUCAGUCAUCCUUCUGUUUUACUUAGUUAGUAUAUGCUCGUGCAAUCAUACACUUUCGCAUAUAAUAAGGUCACAGGUUUUUCUCCUGUAAUAAUGCAGCAUGUUCAUGCUUCUGUCGAGCAAGAACUAUUUCCUACCAACAGAGAGAGAAAUCCAAAGCACUCUUUUUGGUAAUUUUUGUUACAUUAGUGUUGAAGAAUAGCAACGGCGUCUUGUUAAGAGACCAUUUGUCUGGUAUUUAUACCUGUACACCAGCCACGCAAAGCAUCACUGUUCUCUGAAAAGAGAGACUGCACUUUGUAUUAACACUAUCCUUUGCACCCCUGCAGAAAAUUUCACUAUUCACGGAAACUAUCAGAACAAUAGAAACAUAUGAUUCUACAUAAUUCGAUGGCUACGAGUUUAUUUCUAAUGAGUUUGUUGAUGCUUUUGCUUGACUCUAACCCCUGCACAGCUCUCUCAUGGAGGAACAAUAGUUUAGUGGAUGAUAUUGGUAUACCAUGUCCAGUUUCUCCGCAUCCAUUUACUAUGUGCAAGUCAGAGGCAGAAGCUUACGGCUAUCCAUGUGAAGAUCACAAGGUCACAACUGAAGAUGGAUAUAUUCUUAGCUUAAAAAGGAUUCCUCAUGGUCAUGAUACUGAUAACUCAACCGGGGAUCAGAAGACAAGGCAACCAAUACUGCUAUUCCACGGGCUUUUUGUGGAUGGCGUUUCUUGGCUACUGGGUACACCAGAACAAUCACUUGGCUUUAUUUUGGCAGAUGGUGGGUUUGAUGUUUGGCUAGCGAACACUCGUGGAACUAAUACCAGCCGCAAACAUACAUCGCUGUCCCCAAAAGAUCCGGCUUUCUGGGAUUGGUCGUGGGACCAAAUUGCUGAAUAUGAUCUUCCAGCCGUGCUUGAGUUUGUUUAUCACCACACAGGACGUCAAAAAGUCCACUAUAUCGGUCACUCACUGGGAACCUUGAUUAUUCUUGCAGCCUUCUCUGAGCACAAGUUACUACACUUAGUCCGAUCAGCUGUGUUGCUCUGCCCAAUUGCUUAUCUGAGCAGAACUAGAUCCGAUCUCACCCGGCUUGCUGCUCAAAUGUUCCUGGCAGAAGCAGUUUACCGUAUAGGUAUUCAUGAGUUCAAUCCUGUUGGAAAAGUUGCAGCUCAACUUCUAGCCAAAGUAUGUGGCGACCCUAAAAUUGACUGCCACGAUGUAUUUUCUGCUCUUGCAGGACCGGACUGUUGCCUCAAUAAAUCAACUACAUGUGCCUUCAUGCUGCAUGCUCCACAGCCUACGUCUAUGAGAAACCUUAUUCACUUGUCGCAGAUGGUCAGGAGCGAAGGGGUCAGAAGGUACGACUAUGGCAACGCCAAGGAAAACAUGAAGCAUUACAAGCAGCCACACCCUCCGCUGUACAACCUCUCAUCCAUUCCGACCCAUGUCCCCAUGCUCCUGACGCAUGGCGGCCAAGACUUCCUCGGCGAUGUCCCUGACACCAGGCACCUCCUGAAGACACUGGUCAGAAACCAUGACUCCGAUAACAUCGAGGUGCAAUACUUGCCCGACUAUGCUCAUGCUGACUUUGUGAUAGCCUAUAAUGCUCCACGCCUCGUAUAUGAACCGAUGGUCGACUUCUUUCAACGUCACUGAGGGUUACUACUUCACGUCUCUUCAUGAUCAGCUUCAGCUGUAAUUUGGUUCCAGCCUAUGCAACCGAAACUUCAACUUGCAAGUUGUCCAUGUAUAUGGCUAGUCAAGCCAUAGUAUGUACCUAUAUUUGUCAGGCUGAUCAUGCUAGAGAGUAAACUACGAUCAAAUAGCCAGUUUCAUGUAACCAAUUUAUCCAGCAUAUCCUAUGGAGCAAGUACCAAAAAUGUUAUAUCAGACAAUUAUUGGAAGAUCUCAAACUUCUGAAGAAAAUGCUGUUGAACCUUCUCAGCUAA